AUGUCGCCCGACGCCUCUGCUGCAAAUUCUGAGACUCCAAACUCAACCAUCUCCCGAGAGGCCAGCACCCAGUCCUCAUCAACCACCACCAGCCAAGGCUAUGUUUUACCAGAAGGCAAAAUCAUGCCAAACACCGUUUUUGUUGGAGGAAUUGAUGUUAGGAUGGAUGAAACUGAAAUCAGAAGUUUCUUUGCUAGAUAUGGUUCAGUAAAAGAAGUGAAGAUAAUCACGGAUCGAACUGGUGUGUCCAAAGGCUAUGGAUUUGUUUCAUUUUACAAUGACGUGGAUGUGCAGAAGAUAGUAGAAUCACAGAUAAAUUUCCAUGGUAAAAAGCUGAAACUGGGCCCUGCAAUCAGGAAACAAAAUUUAUGUGCUUAUCAUGUGCAGCCACGUCCUUUGAUUUUUAAUCCUCCUCCUCCACCACAGUUUCAAAGUGUUUGGAGUAAUCCUAACACUGAAACUUACAUGCAGCCUCCAACCAUGAUGAAUCCUAUAACUCAAUAUGUUCAGGCAUAUCCUCCUUAUCCAAGUUCACCAGUUCAGGUUAUUACUGGAUAUCAGCUGCCUGUUUAUAAUUAUCAGAUGCCACCGCAGUGGCCUGCUGGGGAACAAAGGAGUUAUGUUAUACCUCCGGCUUACACAGCUGUUAACUACCAUUGCAAUGAAGUUGAUCCAGGAGCUGAAGUUUUACCAAAUGAAUGCUCAGUUCAUGAAGCUACUUCGUCCUCUGGAAAUGGCCCACAAAAGAAAUCUGUGGACAGAAGUAUACAGACAGUGGUAUCUUGUCUAUUUAAUCCAGAGAACAGACUGAGAAACUCUCUUGUUAGUCAAGAUGACUACUUCAAGGAUAAAAGAGUGCAUCACUUUAGAAGAAGUCGGGCAGUGCUUAAAUCUGUUUGA